AUGACACAAAAUAGCAAGCGGUCGUCGAGCCGCUGCAGCACGAGAAAGUCCUCGGCCACCAGCAUAACCAGCGUCAAGCCCAAGAACUCCCUCGGCGAGCGACUGAGUGGCCUCCAUCCAAUCCUUAGCCCGACAAAGCACAGCCACUGUCCCUCGCAGGAUGAGCAAGCCAACAAUAUAUCCAGGCACACCGGAAGAAGCGAUGCCACAGAGAGAACGUCUUUCCGAGCAUCACUGGUCGCACGGGGCCUUAGAAUCUUGGGUGCUGCCAGAUCGACCAAGAAGACAAAUAUGUUGUCCAAGGUGGCUCCAAGAACAGACGUUCCGAUUGAUCCGCAGCAGCUACGCGCAAUCAAAGAUGUCAGCUCUCAUAUGGCGGACAUAUCAGGUGCCUUCCGAGUGAAUAGCAUUGACCCAAAUUUGUCGUUCCGUGGAGCCAAGGUCGUUUCAGUGGAUACUCUCGGGGCAGUACCUGUGGAUAGCAAUAACCUAAACCGGAAUGACCGACCAGUCGCCCGAGUUCAUCUUCAGCGCAAUAACGCCAUCCGCGGACGCCAGCCGCGCAAGGAAGAUCGGGCGCAUGAAAGUGGCGAGCCAGGGCAACGGAUGGUUUUCGAAGAUACCCGUGACGAGAGGCGAUGGGAAGGGAGGCGGCGGAGUAGACGCAGCUCAAGUGACUCUGCGGUGGAGCUUUCACCGUUGAGUUCCAAUCAUCGCUCGGUACCGUCGUUCAUAAAGGCAAUGCCUCACCAGGAGAAGCCGGCUGAUAUUUUGAACUGGAUGCAGUGGGCGGCUACCAGCAAUAGCGAUCCGGUCGGUGCCGAUGUCGACUUCCCCAGAGGAGACGAAAUUGAGAAUGUCUGGCAGCCACUCUACCAAGAGAAGAAACGUGCAACUGGUCUGCACAUCGACACCGACAUCGACGCCAUCACAUCCGCUCGUAUUGCUAGGGGCCCUCAGCAUAUUGUAACCGUCCAUCACACAACGCGUACACGAUCUCAAUCAGCAAUUGUAGAGUGCACGACACCGACCGAUGCUUAGAGCGCACCUGGGCGUACCGUGACUGCGAACGGAGAAGCAAUAGUCCUCAACGAGGGGCCCCAUUGAUCAUCCUGUGUUGUGGAAGCAAUUCGGGGGCUGAACCAGUCCAAUAAACUUGUCUCCCUCGUACGUAUAGCCCACGGCAUUGGGCCGGUCGAAGCGACCACAUUACAAGCUGACGUCGCGGAUAAGGUAGUACUGCUAUGCGUCGCAACGCUCAAGUGAAUGCGUUAUCAGACCCACUGGAAGAUAGCCCAAGUAGGCUUCCUUUGCCUCAGAACCCGGUGGGUGAAGCCAGAGUUCAUACCUCGCGCCAUGACUCUCGGCAAUGGAGUAUGAGCAGUGCUUCCAAAAGCCGACAACCCUCCUUGGUUGUAGGUUCGUCAACCCAAUCAUUCACUUUAUCAGCUGGCAACGCUUUAGACCAGACCGCCUCGGGGAUAACAGAGGAAACAUUACUCGGAGAGCCAGAUGGUGCAGAUCAAGCGGUGGAGACCGCUCGGACGGCACGCGAGCAAUCAGAAAGGCAAAGAGUAGAGCGGGCACGUGGUUUCACCACACCCGACACUCAGCGAGAGACGAUCGUCGAAUCGGAGGAUAGAGGCUAUGCGCCAGGACCUGACUUCAU